UUGAUUCAUAGUCCACCACCAACACGAGUAUCCCUUCUUCUCCUUACGUACGAGGAUGUCCGCCGCCACUCAGAUUCCCAUUCCCACCACCGCCCCCUCCCUCUUAGCCGACAAAACAUGUUCCAACACCUACCUUAAAAACCCCCUCUUCAAACCACUACUAACCAAAACCACCACCACAUCCGUCACUCUCACCCACCAAAGUUUUUCAUCGGUUUCUGCUAAAAACCCGAUCUCCGAAUCAUACCCAGAUGAAUACGAUGACAAGCCCCGUGAAGAGUGCGGCGUGGUGGGUAUCUACAACGACCCGGAGGCCUCACGUAUCUGCUACCUAGCUCUCCACGCACUCCAACACCGCGGUCAAGAAGGCGCCGGAAUCGUCACCGCCACACCAGACGGCGUCCUCAAAUCCGUCACCGGCAUGGGCCUCGUCUCCGAAGUCUUUAACCAAUCAAAACUGGAUGAACUAACCGGCAACAACGCCAUCGGCCACGUCAGAUACUCCACUGCCGGACAGUCCAUGCUCAAGAACGUGCAACCCUUCGUUGCCGGCUACCGCUUCGGCCGUGUCGCCGUCGCCCAUAAUGGCAAUUUGGUAAACUAUCAAACCCUAAGGGCAGAAUUUGAAAAAAAUGGAUCUAUUUUUGCUACUAGUUCGGAUACUGAAGUAGUCUUACAUUUAAUUGCUGUAUCUCAAGAAAGGCCGUUUCUUAUAAGAGUUAUUGAAGCUUGUAAGAAGCUUAAAGGGGCUUAUUCGUUGGUGUUUUUAACCGAAGAUAAGUUAGUUGCUGUUAGGGAUCCUUUUGGGUUUAGGCCGUUAGUUAUGGGUAGACGAAGCAAUGGCGCCAUAGUGUUCGCGUCGGAGACGUGCGCGCUCGAUCUAGUCGAGGCGACUUACGAGCGAGAAGUGGAACCUGGCGAGCUUUUGAUCGUAGACAAAGAUGGUGUUCAAUCUACGUGUUUGGUACCACACCCGGAGCCGAAAUCGUGUGUUUUCGAGCACAUUUACUUUUCGUUGCCGAAUUCGGUUGUUUUUGGGAAGUCGGUGUACGAGUCGAGGCGGAAGUUUGGGGAAAUUUUGGCUACCGAGUCUCCGGUGGAUUGCGAUGUGGUGAUCGCCGUCCCGGAUUCUGGGGUGGUCGCAGCAAUCGGGUAUGCAAAUAAGGCGGGUGUACCGUUUCAACAGGGUUUGAUUCGGUCGCAUUAUGUCGGGAGGACGUUUAUCGAGCCCUCGCAGCAGAUUCGGGAUUUUGGGGUUAAGUUAAAGUUGUCGCCGGUUCGGGCCGUUUUGGAGGGAAAACGGGUCGUGGUGGUUGACGAUUCGAUUGUCCGAGGAACAACGAGUUCCAAGAUAGUUCGGUUGUUGAAAGAAGCCGGAGCGAAAGAGGUGCAUAUGAGGAUCGCAAGCCCGCCUAUCAUCGCUUCUUGUUACUAUGGGGUUGAUACGCCGAGCCCAGAAGAGUUGAUAUCGAAUAGGAUGAGUGUUGAGGAGAUUCGGGAAUUCAUUGGGUGUGAUUCGCUUGCGUUUUUGAAGAUCGAUAGCUUAAAGAAGAUGUUGGCGGGCGAUUCGCCUAACUUUUGCUACGCAUGUUUCUCAGGGAACUACCCCGAGUUGGAUCGUUAAGCGAGUUUUCGAUUUGAUUGAUGGGGGUAGGCUUUAAGAUCAAAAGAACAAAAAGAGAAGGAUUUGAGUGUGAAUUAUGAAGAACAAGAUGGUGAAGUGCCAGUUUUGCCGGAAAGAUUGACCUUUUUUUUGUUGGGUAAGAACUUUGAAUUUUCUUAAACUAACUUAUUUUUUUUAUGUUUUCUUAAUAUGGAUUUGGAGUCUUUUUGUUUUUUUGUUUUUAAUUUUUUUCUCAUGUUUGUUGUAUAUUUUUAAGUAGCUACCAAUGAGUUUACCCUGACCAACUUACCAAUGGAACCAAACAAACUCUAGAAACAAAGCAUAUAGGAGGUCCCUAUGGACAGAUGGAGGAUUUUGGUGGCUAACCUGCAGUCGUUUGUCCCAUCAGCAAUGUAUUCAUCCUUACCUUUCCAUGUACGUAACCACUGAGCGUUGUUGCCAACUUCUUGUAUGUCAAAAGAGGUUACUUUAUAUACUAAGAACUCCAUUGAAUAAAUUAACCUAGCACAUCACAGUAAAUUAACUUACCUUGUCCACUAGUAAGACCAACGCUGGCUCAGAGAAAACAUACUCCAUUGGCCGGGCCAAUGACGGUCCAAAGUCCAGACAGUAACUAUUCUACCAUCUGGGCCAGGGACAAAGCUUGAUUUAGAUAGAAAACAAAAAGGCAUUGAGAUAUACAUUAAGAAACAUCUGUGCACUAUCCGAAAGAAGACACGUAUUUGAAUCUGUACUUGCUUUGCUACACUACAUUCCUUAAUUUGCUAGUAUUUACUCACUCUUAAAUUGUUCCUUAUGUUCUCAUAUUACUUUAUCCAUUACGUGAGGAAUUUAAGCAAUGUAAGAUCAAUACAUAGAUGUGUUUGAUAAAAAAUAGACUACUCAAUUUAAAUGGAGGUGACUACUCAAUUUAAAUCCAUUUAAAUUGUGGAAAAAGUAACUUUCAUGGAGAUGCGGGUAUCCAGAGGCGAAGUCUAGAAGGGGCGGGAGGGGGGCGCCCGACCCCCCGAACUUUUCGCUCAGUAGUGUUAUAUAUGUAGUUUUCGUAUAGAAAUUUUUGGGUAUAUACGUUUUCGACCCCCCGGUUCUAUAGAAUUUUUUUGGUAUAUACGUUUUCGACCCCCCGUCAUUCGGGUCAAGCUUCGCCACUGGGGGUAUCGAUUCCCCGUACCUCUCGCAUGCUAAGCGAGCGCUCUACCAUCUGAGCUACAUCCCCUUUUGUUAUAUUAUAUCAAACAAACACAUUUCAACUCUUAUGAGUCUUCAAAGAUCGUUUCCUGGUUAUGGAUAAGAAGACGUGGAACAAUACGGAGGAACUGUGAGAGUGAAAGCGUUCGGAUAACGAAAAUGCUUCCAACAGCCUCACCGGACCUUUAACACCAUCAGAGCUUCCGCACUCAACCGUUGGGACUUCAUUGCCGACACCGCCGCAGCCGCGCUUUCACUUACCGGAUUGGACAGUGGAACCUCUAUUGCUAAAGCUGAUGAUGUGCUGAUGUUUUAAGUUCUCCCAAAAAGUUAUGGAAGCUUUUCCAUCAGCCAAGCCUCCACUUGGUGUUUUCUUUGCAUCUGUUGCCCCACGUUUACAGCCCAGAUAUUACUCUAUUUCUUCCUCCCCAAGGAUGGCACCGAAUAGGAUUCAUGUUACUUGUGCAUUAGUUUAUGAGAAAACACCAGCAGGUCGUAUCCACAAAGGAGUAUGUUCAACCUGGAUGAAGAACGCGGUACCUAUGACAGAAAGUCAGGAUUGCAGUUGGGCCCCGAUAUAUGACAGAACGUUUUUUUUUUUACUACUAGACACACAGAGUCGUUGACCUGUGAUUUUUUCGCCGCAACGCGCGGUGGUGGUAUCAUACUAGUUGUAUUAUUGUAACACUACAAAGUACUUUUUUUAAUCAUCAUCUGUGAUUGGGUCAGUUUGAA